CCGUUGCCAUGGCUACAGGCAGUGUGCGCUCUCCGUCACGUCCCUACCCCGGCUCGGCCAAUGGCAGGCGGGGGGCAGCGGCUGGGCGGGACUCCUCAGCUCGCUCCGUGUGGAAAAGACGGUUUCGGGUGCAAAAGUUUGUAUUAUUUUCCUCCUCCGGACGUCAGAGAUGCCCAGUGAGGGAGAAGCCGCCGCCGCUACUGCCGGUCUCCGGCCUAAACUCUCCGCCAUAGCCGCUGACGGGCCGCCACUCCUCUUUCCUUCGACCUUCGCCCCCCAGCACGGGCUGAUAACGAACCAAGAUGUGGGAGUCCAACCGAGUGCGGCUGCUAUGCAUGCUAAGCCUGACCUUCGUGUUUUUCGUGGUGGAGGUGGUGAUCAGCCGGUUGACCGGCUCCCUGGCUAUGCUCUCCGACUCCUUCCACAUGCUGUCCGACGUCAUCGCCCUGUCGGUCGGCCUGAUCGCUGUGCGCUUCGCCCAGAAGACCCGCUCCACCGACAAGAACACCUUCGGCUGGAUCCGGGCCGGGGUGAUGGGGGCCCUGGUUAAUGCCAUCUUCCUCACCGCCCUGUGCUUCACCAUCGUGCUGGAGGCCAUCGAGCGCUUCACCGAGCCGCAGGCCAUCGAGCAGCCGCUGGUGGUGAUAGGCGUCGGGGCCGGCGGACUCAUCAUCAACCUCUUCGGCCUGUGCAUGUUCCGGGACAGCGCCGGGCACGGGCACUCCCACGGAGGGGGAGGCGGCGGCCACGGGCACUCGCACGGGGGGAAGAAGAACCUCCGUGGACGGGAGAAAUCGCCCGGAGAGGGGGCCGCCCUGGACCGGGAGGAGACCAACAACCUGGUGGAGAACUGUGCCAACGGGCCCGCGGUGGAGGUGGUGCCGGGCAAGCACGAUGCUUUGGCAGACAACAAAGUGGAACACAGACUGAAUGGGAAUGUGCAGAGCAACAUGGCAGAUAUUAAUGAGGAUGGUUCUGAGCUCAACAUGCGAGGAGUGUUCUUACACGUUCUUGGUGACGCGUUGGGUUCAGUCAUCGUGGUGGUCAAUGCUUUGAUAUUCUACUUUGUUUUUAACCCCUGUCCACCCGAUGGACAGUGCUUCAACCCUUGCGUGCAUGAUCACUGUUCCGACCACCCAGAAGUGAAUCGCACCUCGGCAGCACUCAACGAAAGCGCAGAACACCCGGAGGUUAAGAUCGCUGGCCCAUGUUGGGUUCUUUACCUCGAUCCUUCUUUGUGUGUGAUCAUGGUAUGUAUAUUGCUCUACACAACCUAUCCACUCCUCAAAGAGUCUGCCCUGAUCCUUCUACAGACCGUCCCUAAACAAAUUGACAUCUCCUCCCUCAAACAAAAGCUCAAAAGCCUGGAGGGCGUGGAAGCCGUUCAUGAGCUGCACGUUUGGCAGUUGGCCGAAAGCCGAAUCAUUGCCACCGCUCAUAUAAAAUGCCAAGAUCCCACCGCUUACAUGGAUGUGGCCAAGCGGAUUAAGGACUUCUUCCACGACGAAGGAAUCCACGCCACAACUAUCCAGCCGGAAUUUUCCAGCGUCGAAUCUGGCUCUAGAAUAUCCCUAUGCGAACUCUCUUGCAGAACUCAAUGCGCUCCCAAACAAUGCUGCGGAAACCCGGAAAAGAGCAUGGCGACGCGAAAGUCCAGCAGCGGAGCGGCCAUCUUGGGAAUGAUCAGUGAAUCUCCUGAGCACAAAACAAAGAGGACUUUGGCUUCCGAGAAGUCUGUUAAUGAACUGAAAAUAGACGUAGACACUGCGAUCUGAACAGCUCUUGCCAAUUUAACAAAAAAAGCAAUGGCUACAGCCAGGGGAAGACACAAAGGGAAGUAUGGUUUCUUCAGAAGACUCCCUUCCCAAACCUGCAGUUUGGCAAUAUUGAUCUAUUGUCAUGACUGUACACAUAGACUAGUUUUCAGUUGCUUUCUGUUCAAAAUUUGUGUUGUCAUAACAAAAAGAACGUUUAAGUUUUUGAUUAUAUAAAUAUUCUAAGUAAUGUCAAUGUUACAGUUUAUUUUUCUUUCAUCCAGGACAUUUGCAAUGCUGAAAGCAAUGUCAUGU